GAUCAAUUUACCCAAAUAAGGUUGAGUUGAGUCGGUCUUCAUCACUGUCACCCACCGAGUCCCCGCCGGUGUUGGUUCUUACUUUCUAUUCUGCGUCUAGCCCUCUCAAAGUGUAAAACAAGAGAGAAAAAUUCUAACUUGGAGAAAUGGAACACCAACGAUAUAAUGGAAGUGUAAGAGUAUUUCUCAGAGGACCAAAUGGAAGAAUCACAAUUGAAGUGCGGUUUCCUAUUAGGAAUGGUGUUUAUGAAAUAAUUCCUUCUAUUUCAUUUCGAGCUCCUGAUAGAAAUUUGAUUCUGUCCCAUAUGACUAUUGAAGAUGGUAAUUGUAUGCUUUGUGAAAGUACCAACGAUCGUAUCAAUGAUCUUCUUUAUAGGAUGAAUACGCGAGAUAUCUUGCCGAUUUAUGCUCAAAACGGCCACUACGUUCUUCAAGAUAACGACAUCAACCAUGUUCCAACAAGAAGACGCUUUAUUCAUAACCUUGAAAGAAUUAGAAUUGAUGAAGAAACAGCGGCUCAGACUUCGACGUGUUCUAUAUGUCUCGUUGAUUUUUCUUUUGGAUCGAAAGCGAUUUGCUUGCCAAGUCCAUGUUCACAUGUUUAUCACGAGAAUUGUAUUAUGAGUUGGCUCAAUAGAUCAAACACAUGUCCUUUGUGUCGUAGACUUAUCUCAUGAAUUGAUCUUCUAGCUUCUUUAUUACAUAAUACUAUAGGUUUAAAUUGAGUCAAAAGUAUUCUUGUUGACUGAUGUAAACUUAGUUUGUAUACUUUCUUUCAAUGUUUUCAU